AUGAAUAGUGCACCGCCAAGUUAUCUACCGUCGAAGAAGUCGCAAUUGACAAGUCGAUCAAGAAUUGCUAAAAUCAAUGAACUAUAUGAAAGAAAAAAAAGAGAGCAUAGGGACUCUGUAGUAUCCAAUAGUUCUACUUCAGUGGUAUCUUCAAGUCCAAGUCAUAGUAUCCAAGAGGUAGAGAGUAAUGGAAUUGAUUAUUCUUCGGCAGAUGACCAAUCUAAAGAGAUUCAACAUCAGAAUAUUAGCAAUCCUUUUGCAAUUCCAUUAAGAACUUCGACUCCUCCAAUGAAGAAAAAGUACAUUCCAGGCACUGUGAACAUCGAUGAUAAAAUAGUUAGUGAUGACGAUUAUAUGGAGGAAUUGAAAUUCACUCCAAAGUUAAAAUCAAGAAAGAGUAUAGAAUCAAUGAGAUCUCUAAGACGUGACGACAAUGUAGUACGAAGAAAUGUUUCAACUGUUAAAAAUACAAAUCAAAGGAAAAUAUCAAAUUCAACAUCAAUACGACAUUCAUUAGGUGAUCCACUUCCAUUGCCUUACAUUCGUAAUGAGCAGCCUAAUAUUAAUAACCAGAGAAUUAAUCAGUUAAUGACAGUAGACUCAAUAGAGCAAAAGAGAAAAGAUAUGGAGAAUAAAUGGGGGCAUUUAAUAACGAAGAACAGGCAUCAAAUGGAGGAAAAACUUAAGAUAAUCAGGAGUUCUUCCAAUAAUAGUAUAGGAUUUAGUAGAUCAGCAUCUCCCUCUGCUAGAUAUUCAGAUUUUACAGAUAAUGAAAUUGAGACAGAAGAAGAUAUAAAUCUGAGCCAAUUGCAAGAAGAGAUAAAACAUAAUAGGGAUAAAUUAGAUCAUAUCAUUGAUCUAUUACAUUCCAAAAAAAUUGGGAAUAAAUCUAAGGAUAAUAAGGGGAAGGAAAUUUUGCAUGUUGUAGAAUAUUUGAUAUGGACAAUUUGUAUUGUUAUUUUAAUUUUAUGUAAUUACUAUGUUUAUAAAUUUUUGUAA